AUGUGGCUGAUUUUCGAGAUCUUUGUGGUGUACUUUAAGCUUGUUUUUUAUUGGCUGGAAGCAGCUUUUCGUCGAAUUAUUCCUCCACCUAAGAAAAACAUCGAAGGCCAAACGGUGUUGAUCACAGGUGAGGCACAGCACGUCUCAAUCAUAUUGCUAAAGCUGCUACAGGCGUUGCUCACGAUAUAGAAAGGAUUGAUCCUACUCAAAAUUUGGUGUGCAAACAGCUUUGGAUAUUUUUUUUUGCUAUAGAUGUUUUACUCGUGCAUUUGAGAUACCAUCUUCUCUCAUUAGAAUACUAGUCCAGUGACCUCCAGAAUUAAUUUAAGUUGAUUUUUUUUUUCUUGCUUAUUGAUUAACUAUAACAGUAAGGACAAAAUUAUGUGUGCAUUUCAACUCUGCAUGUUUUUAUCAAUGUUCUACAUGAGCAGUUGAGAUAUUUUCAAUCUCGGUAUGCCAAAAAACUGAUCCACUGACCUCCAGAAGGUUAUUUCUUGCUUACUGCUCCUGCAACAAUAGUGAAUAAUUAAAUAUAAAAUUAUGCGCGAUUUCCAUACAAUUAAAUUAAUGCUAAGAGUGUUCGACAACUCGUCAUUCCUUUGAUGGUAAGAAGGAGGAGAAUUUCAGAUCUCAGUUCAUUUUAUAACGCAAACCGUUCGGUUUUAUAUUUAAACGAUAAAUGUCUCCUUUAUCGAUAUACUUUCGACAAUGCAUGCGUAUUCGGUAGAAGGUAAUCUCUGGAUCAAGUUUGUAACCUCUUCGUUGUUUUAGAGAUGUUGAAGUUUAAGCGCUCAAUGUUUUCUUCUUAUUUCAUAGGUGCCUUAUAUCUUAUGAACAAGAUUUAUGAUUUAAUUACUUUUGAACGUUCAGCCACUGAGCACUACUCAAACCUCACUGAUAAUGAUUUAGAAGUAAUUAAAUUUUCCAAGGUGUGGUAUUCAAUUUCACGAUAGUCCUUGUAACAAGUGGUCCUGGAAAGCUGCCCUUUACAUUCAUUAUUGAGAUAUUUAUGCUUUGGAAAUUAAACCAAUAAAAUAUCAGCACAGAGCUAAGACAUGCAUUGCAUUAGGUUUUAAAAUUCAGCUUUGGACCAAUUAUAUUUCUGGGAUUUUCAAGAAAAUAGGGGCCUGCUUCUACUUGUUGAAAUACAUAUAUCAAAUGUUUUGGUAUGUAGUAUCGCUGAGUAUUUUUACAAGGUGUGCUGUACUUUGAUAAGCCCAUAGGGGCUUGUCAAAAUACAAACAACAAGUAAAAAUACUCAGCAAUACUACACACCCUAUGUCUAGUGAGUUAUUUGUUAUCCAACUACUUGUUUAUCUGCUAAGUCUUUCUACUCAUUUCUCAUAGGGCGGGAAAAGCAAAGCAGAUAGAUAAACAUAGUGUGCACUGCUGACUGGUUAAACAGGUUUUUUUACAGUACAAAAUAACCAACUGUCCAAAUAGCCAUACAAUAUUGCAGGAUAUCUGUUCUCUAUUCAUGUGUUAUUUGUUCUUUACUUUGUGCCAUUGGAUAAUAAAUGCUGCAUAUUUACAUGUCUUUUGUUUUGCCAAUUUUCAUUUAAGGUGCUGGUGGUGGGAUUGGUAGACUACUUUCUCUCCAGUUUGCUGCUCAUGGAGCAAAACUUGUCCUGUGGGAUAUAAACAAAGGUAAGUUACGGAAGAAGAAGAAGAUGACACAACACCCCUGGCCAGGCCGCAUGCUCUGAAUAAUUCAAACCUGGGCCCCUUGAUCCGAAGACAAAGGCAUCUCUGCUCUCCAGAAAGAUGGCUGUUAACCCUUUAACCCCCAUGAGUGAUCAAGACAGAAUUUCUCUUAACAAUAUCAAUUCAUUAUCAAGCAGACAAGUGAUGAGAAACAAGAAAAAUAUCAAUUAGGGGAUUAUCAGUUGAUCCAAUACCAAACUCUCCAAAGUAACACCACAAGACUUUCAUGGAAGACAGUAAGGAGAUUUACUAAUGAGAUCUUGGAAGUUAAAGGGUGAACUGGUUUGUAGGCUUCAAGAUGAUCAGUGUAAUGUAAAAAGGUCACAUCAUAGAGGGUUGCCAACUUUUAGGUGACAGUGAUUUGAACAAUUCUUUUUGUGUAGAUUCAAAUGAAGAAACUGCUGCUCAAGUCCGUGCCCUUGGUAGGGUGGCUCACACCUAUAUUUGUGACUGCAGCAACAGAGAGGAUGUCUAUCGUGUUGCUGCAAAGGUGCAGCGUGAAGUUGGUGAAGUGGACAUAUUGGUAAACAAUGCUGGAAUCUUGUCUGGAAAGAAACUGUUGAAUCUAAAAGAUGUAGAGAUUGAGAGAACCAUGAGAAUUAACACUCUGGCACACUUCUGGGUAAGGUUUGAACUCUCUAAGUUCUCCCAGAAUUUUAUCAUCUUGAGUGUGUUAUAUGGAAUUGGAACCAAACUCUCUCAACUUUUUUAAAGGAAAAUGUACACUAAAUGGAAGGAGAAUAUUUUAAUAAUCAGAUCCAUAGUCAACAUGUGUUUUCAAAUUUGAUUUCAAGACUGUCACCAGCUCGCUUACAUGGCAUCUCUGCCUUAAAUGUUAUUUUGUAUUAACCUUUUACAUCCCAACAUCAGUAUGAACAUUCUCCAUACUGUUCUCCAUACAUCUUUUGAGAUUCUACCAAGGAGAUUUUGUGGAACAAUCAAGAGUUUUUUCCUUCAAUCUUGAAACAUUAAUGUGUGAUUCAGGGGUGAUGUUGUAAGGAGAAAUUAGAUGCUAGUCACUCUCAGGGCUCCAAGAAACUAAUUGUAAAUUAAUACUUAUUUUUAUCACUGUAGACUGUGAGGGCAUUCCUUCCAGAUAUGAUGGAGAAGAACAAGGGCCACAUUGUCAACAUAACCUCCAUAGCAGGCAGCUUUGCUACAGCCAACUUAACUGACUACUGUGCAUCAAAAUUUGGUGCCACAGGUUUCAGUCAAUCAUUAACCUUGGAGCUGCGUGACAUGGGAAAAACUGGCAUUAAAGUGACUUGUGUUCAACCCUAUACAGUAAACACUGGACUAGUGUGGUAUCCGAAGGCUCGGUAAGCCAGUCAACCGGUCUCUACAGGCAUUCCUUAGUUUUUCAGAGACUGGAAAAUUUUCUGGCUCAAAUGCCAUUGGAAAAAUUUAAAUGGCCUGAGCCAUUUGUUUAUCAGUCUGCUCUGGUAAUUAUUUGUUUGUUUUUUCUGUAGUUUUCCAUCACUAUACCCAGUCCUGGAGCCAGACUAUGUGGCCAAGGAGGUUGUGGCAGCCACUCUUAGAGAUGAGGAAAUUCUCUUAAUUCCCCGUGCUCUAGCUGUGAACUUCUUUUUGACUGGGUAAGUCAUCAUAUGCUGCCAUCAUCCUUAGGCUCUCUAGCUGGGAUGUGCCACUCCACAAAUCUUAACAACAUCUGGUCCUACAGAGCAGCUACCCCCAGCUGUGUCUGCAUCCCUGUGUCUAUAGAUCUUAACUGCUGUGUGAUAAGCUGUAUGUUUAUUGACUAUUUCUGAAAGGAACAACUUGUAUAGUUUGAGGUUGGAAGUCCCAGGGGACAUUCCUAACUGCUCUUGGAUGGAUGCCAGAUUUUUGAUAUCCAACAGGCCCACCUAGACUCAAUAUAUGUUCUUGCCAAAAGGCCCCAACUUGGCAGUUUGAAUCUCAAUUGUGAAAGAUGGUGAUGGUCAUUUUUUAUUCUUAUAAUUCAGGGACUGUACUGUUUUCAGUCGUGCUCAUGUCAGAAUGAGAAACAGUAAAAAUUUAGACAAAGUAUGCUUCCAUUAGAUUCUUCCUUUUCUGUCUUUUGUUUGUUUUCAUAUUUUCAAUUGUUUCCUUCCCGAAAUUUUCUUUCUUUCUUCAACACUUUUAUGUAUGUAUUGUCACGCAUUCCCUGUAAGAGCCAUCUCAUGAUAUUGAUUUGAUGUUUUUUUUUUAAUGUUGUUACAGGAUAUUACCAUUUAAAGCUCUUCUUGUUUUGAGUGACUUCCUUCAAGUUGGAGUCUCUGAACACACUCCAAGAGAUGAAAAGAAGUCUGAUUAA